AGGGCUUGAAACGGAAGUCCUGAUGCAUAUUUCCCUCUAAAACGCCGUCGUUUUGGUUAUCUUCCACCUUUGAUGUUCAGCUGUUGAUUUUUGGGAUUAUUUUUGAUGUUUCUUUUCCGCUCCAGAUUUGAAAUUGAAGGCAAUAAGAAACACUCCAAUUUCGGAUUGCUCACUCUGUUUAUAAUUUAUGAACCAGUAAGAAAAAUCUCGGAGGAGCGUAGAUAUCUUUUUUGGGGGGGGGGGCACUAAAGAUGGAUCCGGAUGCAGUAAAGUCGACACUCUCGAAUCUGGCCUUCGGAAACGUAUUGGCUGCAGCUGCUAGAGAUUACAAAAAGGAAGUUCUUGCAAAUGAGAAGGCGCAAUCAUCGAAUCAUGUGAAUGAGGAGGUUGAUCUUGAUGAUCUCAUGGAUGAUCCAGAGCUAGAAAAGUUGCACGCUGAUAGGAUUGCUGCACUCAAGAGAGAAGUUGAGAAGAGAGAAGCGUUCAAAAGACAAGGACAUGGUGAAUAUCGAGAGGUAACCGAGGGUGAUUUCUUGGGGGAAGUCACCACGAGUCCCAAUGUUAUUUGUCAUUUCUACCACAAGGAGUUUUACCGCUGCAAGAUUAUGGACAAGCAUCUGAAGACUCUUGCCCCUAGACAUGUGGACACUAAGUUCAUUAGAGUUGACGCAGAGAAUGCUCCUUUCUUUGUCACGAAACUAGCAAUAAAGACCUUGCCUUGCGUUUUGCUUUUCAGCAAGGGAAUUGCGAUAGAUAGGCUUGUUGGGUUCCAGGAUCUUGGCACAAAGGAUGAUUUCACCACUACCAAAUUGGAGAACGUUCUGAUUAAAAAAGGAAUGCUCAGCAAGAAGAAGAAAGAGGAAGAUGAUGAAGAUGCUGAAUACCAAGAGAGCAUAAGGCGUUCGGUUAGGUCUUCAGAGAAUCUGGACUCUGACUCUGACUGAUCAACCAGCUUUACCUCACAGAUUUUUGCAUUGCUGCUUGUCUCUGCUUUGCCUUUUGCUCUUUUGUUAUAUGUUACUAGAAAAGGACAUUUCGACAUAUUAUCCCAACUGUUAAAUGCUACAUGACUUUGUAUGUAAUGCACCAUGUUUAUUGUUGCUGACACAAACA